UGUUAAACCAGCUCCAUGAAUGCUGUGCGUCUCUCUCUGCAGAUGAUGUACCUAGGCUCUGGCUUGUGCUGUGUAGGAGCCCUGGCUGGCCUCUCCACCCAGAAGACUUCCCGACUUGGCAAUGCCCUGGGCAUGAUGGGCGUUGCUGGUGGUCUGGCGGCCACUCUUGGGGCUCUGAAGCCUUCCCCUGAACUCCUGGCUCAGAUGAGUGGCGCCAUGGCCGUUGGUGGCACUUUGGGACUGACUAUUGCAAAGCGAAUCCAGAUCUCAGACCUGCCUCAGCUGGUCGCUGCCUUCCACAGCUUGGUGGGGAUGGCUGCAGUCCUGACCUGCGUGGCAGAGUACAUGGUGGAAUACCCACAUUUCGCCACUGACCCAGCUGCCAACCUCACCAAAAUCGUAGCCUACUUGGGUACCUACAUCGGAGGAGUGACCUUCAGCGGCUCCCUCGUCGCUUAUGGGAAACUCCAGGGUCUCCUGAGCUCAUCACCUCUGAUGCUUCCCGGACGUCACUUCUUGAAUGCUGGGCUGAUGGCAGCAAGUGUGGGUGGAAUGAUCCCUUACAUGAUGGAUCCAAGCUACACCACUGGUAUCACCUGCCUGGGCUCUGUGUCUGCACUGUCUGCCAUCAUGGGUGUUACUCUGACUGCGGCAAUUGGGGGUGCUGACAUGCCUGUGGUGAUCACAGUGUUGAACAGCUACUCGGGCUGGGCUCUGUGUGCAGAGGGAUUCCUGCUCAAUAACAACCUGCUCACCAUCGUCGGGGCCCUCAUCGGGUCUUCCGGAGCCAUCCUCUCCUACAUCAUGUGUGUGGCUAUGAAUCGCUCUCUGGCUAAUGUAAUUCUUGGUGGCUACGGUACCUCCUCCACUGGCACUGGCAAACCCAUGGAAAUCACUGGAACCCACACAGAGAUCAACCUGGAUCAAACUGUUGAGAUGAUCAAAGAGGCCAACAGCAUCAUCAUCACUCCAGGUUAUGGUCUGUGUGCAGCAAAAGCUCAGUACCCCAUCGCUGAACUGGUAAAGAUGCUCCAAGAACAGGGCAAGAAAGUCCGGUUUGGUAUCCACCCAGUAGCUGGCCGAAUGCCUGGUCAGCUGAAUGUGCUGCUGGCUGAAGCUGGAGUUCCUUAUGACAUAGUGCUGGAAAUGGAUGAAAUCAAUGAAGACUUCCCAGAAACUGACCUGGUCAUGGUUAUUGGUGCAAAUGAUACUGUGAACUCAGCGGCCCAAGAGGACCCAAACUCCAUAAUUGCUGGAAUGCCGGUUCUGGAAGUCUGGAAGUCGAAACAGAUUAUUAUAAUGAAGAGGUCCCUGGGAGUAGGCUAUGCAGCUGUGGACAAUCCUAUCUUCUACAAGCCCAACGCUGCAAUGCUGCUGGGUGACGCCAAGAAGACCUGUGAUGCCCUGCAGUCAAAAGUCCGGGAAUCGUAUCAGUGAAGAGGCCUGCAGCAAACGGCUGAUUACUGAAAAUACACAAUACAAUCCAGAAACAUAGCAUUAUGCUGGUGUCUUCCCCAAUAGCUUUUAUUAUUAGUAGUAGACAAAAUGAAAUGACAGACUGUCCAAUUUUUGUAUAAUGUGUGCAGCGUCCAGUGUUUUUUUAAAUUGGAAUAUAAGAUUUUUCACAAACUGAAACUCCAUAUUUCUUAAGGUUGAAAAUGAUUCAAGAAUAUUUUAUAUUAUUUAAGCCCCCAGUAAAAUGAUGUUGAGUGUUUGUUUUUUUUGGAAGUAGACUUCUGGACAGAAAAUUGCUUCUGUAGUGUAAGGGAUUCCGAUGGAAACAUUGAAUAGUUCUAGAGCUUGGUCUAUUUUCAAAUGUUUUAGUCUCCAAAUCACCAUAAUGUAUUAUGUAAUCAGAAUACAAGGGGAUUUGAUUUUUAUUUUUACCCCCCCCCCCCCCCCCCCCCCAUAGUAAAAAGAGGAAAGGUGUUGCAGCUUUAGAUACUUUUGUAGUUUUCACCCGAUAAAUGGAUGGUUUAGUGAGGAGACCUUUGUAUUGCAGCAUGGAUUAGUCAAAACUACUCAUGUUGUGGAAUUGUUUUCAGUAUUGCGUUACUUAACACAAGAUGAAUUUUAAAAUUAAGUUGGUGAAACUGGCCUACAGUAAACAAAGUUCUACACAGUACGAUUAUAUAUCAAUUAAGAAGCCUCCAUAAAAGUGAACAAAAAAUUCAGUUGUGUCUUAACACGUGGAAAUAUUUACUGAUUGUCUUUUUUUUUUUUUUAUUGCAUUUUCUCUUACAAGCUAAAUGAUACACUGGUAUCAGUAGCCACAUACCCCAGUACUCUAGUGUAUUUCCUGCUAGUAUUAGCUUUAAUAAAAAUAAUAAUUAAACUGGUGCAGCUUUGAAACCAGUUCAGUGAUGAAACAUAUAAAUAUUGUAACAAUUAUUUAGUAUUAGAUAUACAGCUUAAUGGCCAUUGUAUCAAGUAUUAGUAACUCGGCACUUCAGUUGCAAAGCAUUCAAUAUUACCAAUUCAAUACUUAAAUUAAAUAAACAGCUUUUAUUUCUUUUGUAACUUAUAUUUGUUUCCAGUAUUGUCAGCACAAUGGGAUAUACCUUUUAACUCCAUGCUUAAUGUUAAAGUAGCUUUAUAAAAAAAUACAGUUAGUCUUGUAAUUUGGAAUUCCUCCUGGGGAAUUAAAUGUUAAACUUCUAGGUCGUCUGUAAACUGACAGCAUCUUGACUUUAUUUAUACAACUACCUUAAUGUGAUUAUAUGCACAAGGACUUGAUGUCAUGUAUUAUAUUCAAGUACAGUUAGAAACAUUAUCAUCACAACUUCCCUACCUCCAAAUCUGGUAACCAGACCAACUCUCACUAACUCCUAUGUAUUUUGUGCAUACACUUGCUUGACUUGAAACAGAAUAGGAUAUCUUUGCUUGUGUAGAACACAAAAUGCUACUUAUUGGGAUGUCAGGGGUGCUGGAGAGCUAUUGUUCACUUUCCGAAACGGAGUGGCUGUGUGUUAGUAAGGUGUCCUAUUUUUGUGCACCAUUGCAAAAAAGUUUGGGAACAGUUGAUGGCGUAGUUUACAAACCAUUUUUAAAAUUUGCCCCUUCAAUUCCAGUAAAAGAAAGGGUCCAUAACUAAAAGGAACAAUUAAUUACAUAGGCAGGUGUAGUAUUUAGGCCUUACUGGCUGCAGUCAGUUUUCUAGUAUUGUCUGCUCUUCAUUUUCUAUGUCGAUUUUAUUUAGAUUGUAAAUUCUUUUAAUACCGGCUCUGUAGACAUUUCGGCGGGAAAAAAAGGCAUUAAAAUGAUGAAUUCAGCAUGCUGUGGAGAAUGUUGAAUUGAUAUUAAUCUUCAGACUUUUUAUCAUGGAAUAUCACAAACCUAAUAAAUGACUUGACAAGAA